AUGAACUCGGCGCCAGGACGAUUUCCUUGCGACAAUUGCGGCAAAGUGUACCGCUGGUACCGCAACUUGACGACCCACCGAAAAAUCGAGUGUGGCAAGGAUCCCAACAUUGUCUGUCCGUACUGCCCGAGACGAACGAAGCACAGGAACAGCAUGCGCUCGCACAUACGUAGAAUCCACAAGAGUAUUAUACAGGUUACUGCUAUAAGUACCCAAGCUUGUAGUUCGCCAAAGACUCCGCUCUUUCCGAUCGUAAGGCCACGCCUGCACGUUUGUCCGCGCUGCGGUCAAAUGUACUCCUGGGCCUCGAAUCUCCGAAAGCACCUGAAGAUGGGCUGCGGCAUGGUCACGUCAGAGACCCAGUUCUCGUGCCGUUUCUGCCCGUACAGGUCGCGGGUCGAGGCCAGCUUCAUCAAGCACCUGAUGUCAGUGCAUCAGAUCAAAUAG